AUGGCCCAGUUGGUAGAGCAAUUCUUGAAGAUGAAGCCGCCAAAAUUUAAUGGCAAGGGUGACCCCGAAGCUGCCCCAGAUUGGGUAGAGGAAUUAGAGAAGGCAUUUGAGGUGUUGGGGUGCACCGAUGCAGAGAAAGUGACGUUGGCGGCAUAUCAGUUGCAGAGUAGUGCGAAUGAUUGGUGGAAAGCCACCAGGGGUAGGGUAUUCUCGGUAGGUGCAGAAUUGAACUGGGCAGUGUUUGUCGAAAGUUUUUAUGAGAAGUAUUUCUCGGAGAAUGCCCAGGAAAAGAAGUUAAUGGAAUUUAUGCGAUUACGCCAAGGUCAGAUGACCGUUGACCAAUAUGAAGCAGAAUUUGCGAGAUUGGCAAAGUUUGCCCCGACAAUGGUAGAAAGCUCACGAGAUAGGGCUAGAAGAUUCCGGGACGGAUUGAGGCCGGAUCUUCGGAGUCAGAUAUUAUCGCACGACAUUAAGGAUUAUGGAGAAAUGUAUAGGCGGGCUCAGAUUAUAGAGCGGGACCAACAAGAAAGAGCAGCUGCUUUUGGAUCGCGGUUUACCCAAAGCAGAGAUAACCGCCGUAUGGGAAAAAGGCCUAUGGCAGGAAAUAUAGGAAAGCCAAGCCCCCAGCCGAGUAGAUUUGGGCCAUGUUUCAGGUGUGGGAGUCUGGAGCACCAGAUUUGGAGUUGCCCACAGCAGCAUCCCUCAGGACCGCCCAGGUUGCCGCCUUCCCGAGUUGGAAAUCAAGCCGGACCUCCCCCACCGGCCAAUCAAGGACGACCACCGACGCAGGGAAGAGUUUAUGGCAUGGCGCGCAGAGAAGCUGAGAAUGCGCCGGGCGUGGUCACAGGUACCAUUUAUCUCUGCAAUCAUGCUGCUUAUGCGUUGUUUGAUCCGGGGGCGGCCCACUCUUUUGUUUCGGAGCAAUUAGUUAAGUUAGUUGGGUUGGAACCAUUGUUGCUUGAGACUAUGCUUAAUGUGUCGAUGCCUAUGAAUGAUAAAAUGUUAGUCUCUUUUGGAUGUCCCAACUGUAAGAUUGUGAUUGGGGGUAGGGAAGAAAGUAUUGACUUGGCAGUGUUGGCCAUGUUCGAUUUCGAUGUGAUAAUUGGGAUGGACUGGCUAACUGGAUACCAUCAGUUAAGGAUCCGGAAGGAGGAUAUACCUAAGACCGCUUUCAGAACGCGGUAUGAGCACUACGAGUUUACAGUGAUGCCCUUCGGAUUGACCAAUGCCCCCGCCGCCUUCAUGGACCUAUUUAACAAAGUGUUCAAGGAAUUUCUGGACAGAUUUGUCAUAGUGUUCAUCGACGAUAUUUUGGUGUAUUCGAAAAGCCCAGAGGAGCAUGAGAGUAGCGUUUCUUGGGCAUAUAGUUUCGGGAAAUGGGGUUUCUGUAGACCCAGCUAA